AUGCAUGAGUUACGUGCAAUAUGGGUUGGUUUACUGUAUGCGACAACAUGUCUAAAUCGGGCCCAUGCGAUCGAUCUCGACAUCACCGAUAAACAAUCGAUCAUAGACGCCGCCAGUACUGCGACGUACGGGAUGAUGACAUGGUAUCAUGGAAAUGAGACCGGCCAAAUUCCCGGUGCAUUCCCGACGAAAUGGUGGGAGGGAUCCGCUCUGUUCUAUGCGCUGCUCAACUACUGGCAUUUCACCGGUGACACUACCUACAACGACGAGCUCAGUGUUGGGCUGGAAUGGCAAUCGGGCGAUAAUGGAGACUACAUGCCCAGUAACUACAGUUCGUAUUUGGGAAAUGACGAUCAGAUGUUUUGGGGAUUGGCCGCCAUGACUGCCGCGGAGCUCAAAUUCCCCGAUGUCGAAAAUGGGUUUUCCUGGCUGUCGCUGGCGCAGGGCGUCUUCAACACACAGCGAGCGAGAUGGGACACAACCAUGUGUGGCGGUGGGCUCCGCUGGCAGAUCUAUUCUUACCAAGGAGCCGGAUAUACCAUGAAGAAUGCGAUCUCGAAUGGCGGGUUCUUCCAGCUUGCUGCGCGGCUGGCCCGAUAUACUGGUAAUAAAACAUAUUCGGAAUGGGCCCAGCGGACCUGGGACUGGUCGAUCUCCGUGCCCUUGUUGAACAACGAGACGUGGCAGGUGAAUGAUUCCACCGAGGGCACGGAAGAUUGCAAAACGGGAGCUGCGAUUCCCUGGUCGUACAACUAUGGUGCCUAUUUAAUGGGUGCCGCCUACAUGUACAACCACACUCAGGAUUCGGUAUGGCUGGCUGCUGUGAAUGGUCUUCUGAACUCGACGUUCAACACUUUCUUCCUCAAAUCCACGGGAUAUGUGAUGGAGGACGUGACCUGCGAGCCCCGCGAGAUCUGCAACAACAAUGAGAUCCUGUUCAAAGGCCUCGUCUCGACAUGGCUCUCCUACACAGCUCUUUUGGUCCCAUCUACGUAUGACACCAUUCUCCCGAAGCUCCAAUCCUCCGCCGAGGCCGCGGCCAAGUCGUGUACCGGUAACAACAACAACACCUGCGGAGUCCAGUGGUACAAGUCUGAAUGGGACGGAUGGACCGGCAUGGAGGAGCAGAUCAGCGUGAGCCAGAUUUUCAGCGCCAACCUAAUCAACUUUGUCAACAACACAGCAGCGGGACCAGUGACCUCCAAAACCGGAGGAAACAGCACGAGCAAUCCCAACGCGGGCCAGGAAGAUACAAACCAAAAUGCCGGGCCAAAACCGAUCACCGCGGGAGAUAAAGCCGGCGCGAGCUUCUUCACCAUGGCUUUGGUGGCUGGCUGGGUGGGAAUAGCGGCUUUUGUGCUGCUCGGCGUUUGA